GCAGUUUGCCUUGGAGGUGGGUGCUACAAGACGGCUCAUGAUGUGCUAAAAUCUAAGAAAUGGCAGAUUUUCCACAUUUGUCCUGAUACGAAAAGAUGAACAUGAAGGUGUUUUGCAGGAAAGGCCCUGGUUUUUCCUCUGAAUAUCAGUAUAUGUGUCUGUGUGAUUUCAUGGACUUGUAGAAGUCUUUCACAGCUGUUUUGGGAUUUCAGUAAAGGUGUUAAAACAUUACUGCAGUAUGGACAUGUGGAAGAGGUGGAAGUUAAAUUGCAUUAAGGGUUAAUGUAGGCACCAACAUUUGAAAGAAAAUACACAGAAAAAUGCCACAUUUCUACGACAUUGAUUCUGGCACACAGCUUUCACUUUUUUGUUCUGAUCGCAGUUUAAAGUAAAUUUAUUUUUAAUAAACAUAAAGAAACUAAAACAAAUACAUUUCAUCUGUAAUCUUCAUAAGAUGAAGUCUUAAAAUAUAUAUACUUUCUGUCUGUGACUCAUAAAGAGGCAAAAAGAGUCAGUGAAAGUCUGAUUUGUACCUUUACUCUCGUUUUCAGACAGACAGCCUUUCUUAUUGCAGAUAUUGUGAAACAGUUACAGUGUUGUAUUUGCAUGAGCACCAAAAGUACAGGGUUAUUUUUAGGGAGAGAUCAGGGUGUGGUUCAUAGUCCUCUGUUCUUUGACCCAUCCAUCACUCCCACCCACCACCACCGCCUACUCAGACUUUCUUGCAUCACCUUACUUUUCACGUGUUUGACCACAAGAGUAGUGCUCUGAGUGUUUAGUUAGGAGUUACUUAAAGACCCAGGGUGUCUCAAUUUGUGAUUCAGGAUUUUUGAGCUAUCCAAACAACCUCCAUAUAUUUGACAUUUUGUUAUUUUUUUGAGUGUGGUUCUCUCAGCCUGCAAGGAUAAUGUGAGUUUGCUUUGCUUUCACCAUCUUUUGCAGCUUCUCGGUCCCACUCAUUGAUUCCCAUUUAUACUGAUAUUUAACUUCUGAUGGUUCAAACAAUGAUCUGUAAUAUGGAAUGGGGAUAUUAUCCAUGCAAAGCUAAAGACUAAAGUCUUGCAGGCUGUUUUGUGUUUAUUUUCCUGCUCAAAGGGCUGUUGGAUUGAUAAAAAGUUCCCUUUUGUCUCAGUAAACUAGGGGAGACCAGGGCUUGUUGUCACAUGGGUAAGUUGUCACAUUGCAAUUAUCUUUGCCACCAGAGCGCGCAACUAAAAAGUGGAUUACUAGUUUUAUUCCUUUACAUGGUCAGAGGUCGUGUCUUGUCUGAGAAGAGAAGAGCACAUUGUGAGCUGAGAUGAGCACCAAUAAACCAUUUCGCACAACCAAAAGUAAAAAAAAUAACUAUUUAUUUUAAAAUAAGCUUCUUCAAGGUAAAAAUCCAAGCAGUGAUACAUGUGGACUUGUUAGAGGAGAGAUUAAGGCAUCCUGUCAUACCUCAGUCAUUGUUCUGGUUGAAGCUAACUUUAAGAUAGAGCUAGAAUUAGCAAACAUGGUAGUUUGGGGCAACAUGUUUCAGUCAUUUUGGGGUUAGUUGUUGUUUAAAAGGGAUCAAAAUUAACAUAGAGAGUUCGCUUAUCGGCAGUUGUCAUAUUGAAAUUUUGACUUUAUUUUUAAAGAGUAAAGAGUGGUUUAAAGGAGAGGAGAAGGCGAGAAGACAUGGUCAGGAAUUUAAAAAGAAAAACAAAACAUGGCAGUGCAGUACCUGACAUGAUGCUGAGGGCAGUCAGGCAGGUGACCCUAACUAAUAAAUCAAUCUGGAGGACAAUAAAGGACUAUCAAUAUCAACUACCAUACCUCAGCUCAGCUCAGCUCAGUACAGCAAAACAUUCACCCCAGCCGAAAUACAGAGUCAGACAGAUCUCCAAAUUCCAGAGCAUGUUGCAAAAUAUUUUAUGUUAACAUUUGUUCAACGACUUCUUCUUGCUCAAUGAUAAACAUUUUCUGUGCCUGACUUUGAUGUUCACUUUCAAGUAAAAAAUGAGAACAACAAUAAUUUUGUCCUUGUUUUAUUAGCUGCAAAAUCAACCAUGACAUCUUACCUUAUGUAGUGAGACAACUAAUCUGAUGGUGAGGCAACAUGUCACAUGUUAACUCUCUCUAUUUGAUUGCUUAUAACUCUACACUGACACAAGAUAUGAAAAUGACAUGAAUAUGAAAUAUAUACCUGAGACUUUAGUCUCUCAUCUGCUACACAUUUUGUUUAUACAUGAUAUAUUGAUUCCAAGAAAUAUUUAAGAGUGUAAAAAGUCUGACAACAAGCCCCGGUCUCCCCUACAUCACGUUUUGUAUUGAGAUUCUUGUAUGACCCAGCUCUUCUUUGGACUGUUAGGCUCUUUACAUAUUACUUUGGCUAAUAUUACAAAAGAGUCAGACAGAAACCUUACUCCACAGUUGAUGAUUCAUGUAAAAGAUGUGUGCAUUAUGAGAGAGAACAGUGAAACGGUGUCUCCCUGGUUAGUUGGCACAAUUUACUUAUUGGUUAAACUAAUAUUUGUAACACAGAUCCAAAACAGCAGUCACAUGUCGUGUUGAUGCUGUAUCGCAGCCACCUGUCACCAGCCAAGGAGUUUGUCUCUUCAUCAGCAAACAUCCCUGCAUGUGGGAGUGUGCCUUUCAUCUUCAUCAAUAUCUUAUAGAAAAAAAAAACUCCCCUGUUUAUUCUUUUAUUGCCUGAGGGGGACACCAUCAGCACGCAGCGUCUCCAGGAAGUGAAUUUAGUGAUUAUUCUCUCACUAAUCACGCCAUCUAUCUCUGCGGGGCCAACAAUAGCGAGCCUCAGUCAGAGCAGAGCACUAAUCUGUUCUUGACAAGGCAGGGGGAGAAAACAAAUGGCUGCGUGCAGUCAGUGUGUGGGCUCAGCUGGCACAAAGACAACAUAAUGUAACACACUUUACCCGGAUACCAGCCAUAUAAGCAGAGCGGGAUCCUCUCACCUCACCGGAGAGUCCAUGUAUGGAAUAAGUGGGACCGGAAUUCCGAAUCAUGGAGCUUUGUUUUUAUCCCCCAGACAAGUCUGAGCAGCAACAUGCACGUGCUUAUGUCUGUGGUUUAUAUUAGAAUAAAACACGUGCAAUAGUGGUCAUUAAUGAUCAAAAUUUCUUAUAUUUUUCCAAACGGGACCAUGUCGUUUUAAUUGUUUCCACGCGUCGUCACGGCGCGCUCCACCAGUCCUAUUUCUGGAGUUCCCUCUUCGCCUUUUUUUCCAAACUCAAGUCCAUAUUUGGUAAAUGACGUAACGGGAGACCCAGAGAUCCCCUUUAUAACCAUACUGCAGCAUCCAGGCGCUAUUAACAAGAGAUGAGAGGCGGAGGAGACAAGGGUUAACAGAGAAGAUGAGGCACAUUAGUCACAAUGUUUGAGAGGCAGUCAGACAGAAAAUUGGAGAAAGUGACUCGAAUAUUCAAUUAGUUAGUUCAAAACGGCUGAUCUUCGUCUCGCAGACAGGAUGACUGCUAAGAUAGCUGAUGAAGUUUCUGGGUCUCUCAGCGGAAUUGUAGACAGUAUUCCUAAAGAUGUUUACGCAACAGAGGAUGGUCUGCCAUCUCAGAUUGUUUUCAAACAAGAGGUUUUAGGAGAUGAAGAGCUUGAAGGGAAACCUGGAGAGGAUGAGAGCGGUGAGUUUUGUUGUUUCUAGGGAAAUGCAAGACCUAAAUUAUGUCUGUAUUUUAGCAAAAUGUGCCGAAGAAGUCUACCGUUAUGAUGGUGUGUUGCGCAUGUAAGAAACAAAAUCCCUUUAUUUGCAAUCUAACUGAGUGCAUUUAUCCACGUGUUUCAGGUGAUCUUCUGUUUGAAGAGAAGGGCGCACCUGAGCUACUCUUCCACGGCGACUUGGCGCAAUACGUGGCCACUUUACGCACACACCCUGUGGCGUUUACCGGGAAGUUUUCGGUGGACUCUAGGGGUGCAGGAGGUCAGUGGACACCAGGGGACAUCAUCAACGUGGUCAGCGCUGACAUAUCCAACCCGGGGCCGAUAACCGAGUCAGGAUCUUCCUCGGCAUCCCCAGGUCUUUACGCAGCAAGUGGAGAAGGGGGAGACACAGCGGACGCGGGGGACGGCACCAUGGCGCACGGCCAACCCGAUAUCAGCCACAUGUACGCGCCCCCUCACCCCCACCCGCAUCCUCACCCGGCAACCUCCUACUCCUGCAGCGGGGACAUGUACCAGGACCAAUCAGCGGGGGGAUACCUGGCGACAUCCACCUGCGCUGUGUCCUACCACGCGCCUCCGUCCUACAACUCCAUGCCCAAACCGACUGUUGAUGGCUCCGCGCUGCUUUCCAUCAUGCCAGAAUAUGGAGGCUUUUAUCAGCAGAGCUGCCAGAGAGAUAUCCAGGCGGCUUUCCCGGAGAGGAAAUCCCUCCCCUACCCGCUGGACUCCCUCAGGGUUCCUCCGCCUCUCACCCCUCUUAACACCAUCAGGAACUUUACGCUUGGGGCGCCCUCGCCAGCCGCAGAGGGCCCGAUGGCUGCAGCUUUCCCCGGUCACCAGAACCUCCCUCUCAGACCAAUCCUGAGACCAAGAAAGUAUCCGAACAGGCCUAGCAAGACGCCAGUCCACCAGAGGCCGUACCCGUGCCCGGCGGAGAGCUGUGAUCGCCGGUUCUCCCGAUCUGACGAGCUGAGCAGGCACCUGCGCAUCCACACCGGCCACAAACCUUUCCAGUGCCGCAUCUGCAUGAGGAACUUCAGCCGCAGUGACCACCUCACCACCCACAUCCGUACUCACACCGGGGAAAAACCCUUCUCGUGUGACCAGUGUGGGAGGAAGUUCGCGCGCAGCGACGAGAGGAGGAGACACAUGAAGAUUCACCUGCGGCAAAAGGAGAAAAAGUCAUCAGCAUCCUAAUCUUCAGAGCGCACGGCUGCAUAUAAACUUUAUUUAUCUGAGCACGACCUUCUUGGGCUCGUGCCUCAGCCUGCCUGCCAACAAAGCUCACACGUUGUUCUGAUCUCACAAAAACAACAAGACUUUUUUAGAAGCCAUAUCUUUAAAAAUCAGGGAGAAUCAGAACCAGUUCCCAAUGGUGUGAUUUGGUAUAACAUCAUUGUUUAUCACAGUAACUAAAACAACAUUCCUCACACAUCAGUCAGUGGACUUGAUCAUGAACAGACAUCUUCACACACCACCAAAACAUCACUGGGUUAAAGUGACUGGAAUGUAGAUGGAGUUUGGUUUACUGAAUACACAGCUGGUGUCAGAGGUUCCUAUGACCAGUCAUAUGAGUGUGUGCCACAGUGUGUCCAUAUCUGCCUCAGCUUGAUUUAGUGCUUUGUGGCAAGGCAUCACUGCGUCUACUGUCUAUGCCUCAUGUUCUCAGGGAUUCUGUCUCAAUUGAGGCUGCAGGAAUGAAACCAAACUCCUGUUCAUCAGCUGAUGGAUUCAGGAGAGUUUACUGUUUCUGUGUCUUCAGCUGAGGGUGGUUUGGUUUCAAAAUGCAGUUAAAUGCAACAAAAGUAAACAUGCAGUCACAGAGGGUUCAGAGGGGCAUUUCAAAUCUGUUUAAAUUUCCCGACAAACACACAAAUAAUAAAAGAAAACAUACCUAAAAUCAUUAUAUUUCCUUUGAAAAACAAAUAAAAGACUUGAGGGGACUUUUUAGAGUUUAUAGAAGACUGACAAAAAGUCAUAUAGAUUUUUUAAAUCAAAUGUAAACACAUGAGCUCUAAAAUAGGUUUGAAAUGUUUAACGGUUGAUAUAAAUUUAAAACCACUUGUAAAACUGGAAUCACACCCACUAUUUUGGUUUGACACUGUCUGCACACAUUUCAGUUUUUAUAAGGCUUGCUGAAGUGAGGGGAGCAGUGAUACUCUUAAGAUGGUGUAUCACAAAUCAGGGCGGGGCUUCAGUGAAAGACUCAGUGAAAAUGUAAGGGCCUGUGUCCACUAGCACAUUUUUCUUUUUACUGUCAGCGCUCAUUAUCCAUAGCUAACCAAUGCAGUUGGUCAUUUUCAGUCCUACUAUUUAGACCUGUUUCAAGGGAACAGUUUCCAGGUCUGAUCUGCUACUGAUGCCAUGACACAAUUUCUUUCUGUUCUUGAAAUUUUUUCUUUGUUGUUGAGAGGAACUGCUUAUUGAACUUAAGUAACAUUUUAAAACAGAAUUAAAGGUCAAAAGUGGAAAGCUUUUAUAACACAACGACAGUCAGCACCAGAAAGUGCUCUUAAAUGGAGGUUGUGGCAGAAAAUGCCAUCAGUGGACACGGGCCCUAAUUGCUUGAUGCAGCAAAGUUGAGCUUUUUUAAACCUGAUUUUGUAUCAUAUUUGGAAAGUUUAAACACUGACAUUAAGAUGUUUGUUUUAUGCACAUGAUAGGGAGUUUGGUUCUAUUGCAGCUCUGUUACGUUGUGGGGAUAUUAUGAGAUUGUAGCCUGAUAAUCUGUUUCUGUUGGGUUAGACUUUAUUUUUGGCUGCAGUCUGGGAUGUUUAAGGACCUGUUGAUAUUUUUAAAGAACAAACCAGCAUUUCUACCUGAUGAAUGUAAGAGAAAGAGAGAAAGAGUCCAAUGAAAGUUGUGUCUUUUGUUUUGUAAUUUUUAUGCAAAAGAAAGUCGAGCACUAAAGCUUUUAUUCUGCUGGACUGAUGCUUCUUGUUGAUGCAAAUAAAUGUUGACUUGUCAAACUGUUGCUCCCUGUCUCCUUUUGCUUUUUACAAUACAUAAUGAACUCUGUGUUUAUUUUAUAUUCUAAUAUACAGACUCACAAACACAUACAACUGUCACAGAUAUUACAAUCAACAGAUCGACAAGUUAUGAUGGUCCCUGAUGGUCUCCUAGAGUUGUAUAGGUCACAAAGAGGCCUGGGAAUAGGUCUGAGUCUUUUAUAACCAGCUCAUAACUCCUCACAGAAGUUUUGUGGUUUUUAAAAAUGAAAUUUAGAUCAGUUAUCAGCCAAACUUGGAUCUGCACUCAGACAUAGUUUUUAUUUGGGGUUUGUACCACAAUUUUCAGUCUUGAGAAACAAGGCCAGUGCAGAAUUAAAAAUGCUAAAACUGCAGUUCCUUGAGUGUCCACUGCCAGGUUGAGUCAGCGUUUACUAGGUUUCUUAUGUACAAGCAAUAUAAGAUGCGCGCGCAACCAGGGGGCAAAAGCCUGCUUUGGAAUGAACUGAUAUCAAUGAAGAUGCUGUAUUGUUUGCAAGUUCUCCCUGACAAAAUUGCAUUCAAAUGCCAUUUCAUUGAAAAAUCGCUUUGUCUUUCAUUGCAUCAAAAUCAGAAAAACACUUUCACUCAACUUACCAGGUUGUGACGUUUAUUUUAGCUGUUUCUAAUAUCAGGAGCAGGGUCGUAAUGUUUGCUGAUUGUUUGUUUUGCCGAUUCGUGCGGUUUGCAGCACAACAGCUCCUUUCUCUUUUAUUCUCUGUUGACUCCGCUAGUAAACAAAUAAGAAAUGUCCCACUUUCUGCCCUGUGUGCGCAUACCUGCGAUAACGUUGCACAGAAACCCGUCUAUAUGUUAUCUGCUGUUGAUAGACUUCCACAGUGAGUUUCACGUUUUCCAAUGCUAGAGAACAUAAUUCACUUUCUCUCUUUUCCCAUCCUUUACUCCGUAACUCAAACCACCUUUUUAUGAGUUAAUUAACUAAACUUGCUGUGAGAAACUCUUGGUUUUUCUUACAGUUUUGGCAACCCAUGUGGCCAAUAGCGAUACCCCUUAUCUCUUGUCCUGUUCAUUAGAAAGUUGUGUUUUCAGAUAACUUCCCCCUGUUGUCUUCUGAGAGCCAAAUGUGAUACUUACUCUGAGUAUUUGUCAUGGAAAAAGUAAAACUACUCAUUUCUACUGUCUGCUGCCCAUCAUCCAGUCUGUCACCUACCCCCUCACAGCAGUUUUAAAACAGUUGCAUUUACAACAGAGGAGUUAUCAGCCUCAUUGCUGACAGUCUGGUUUGCUUUUGAAAGUCAUACAGAGGCGUAGAUGUCAGUUUCAGACUGUUUCUCAACCAGUUAAAAAAUCCUCACAGUGCCUUUAACCUGCAUUCAGUGAUGCUGAUGGUGACCAUUAAACUCAAGGUGAUCUAAAGGAAACUAUGUUUGACUUAAAUGUGCAAUAAUUUGACAAAGCAUCUACUUUGUAUCUGCAUUCACUCACAAACUUCUGCCUGCCUGUCCCAGAAAAGUUCAUUUUUCUUCCGUAAUUUCGUUUGGCAUAGACAGUAGAUUGUUGACUUUGUUGACCUGUAUUCAAGCCAAAAAACUCUUGAAAUAUUUCGCUUUGUGUUCGUUUGAUGAAUCUGUAAUAUACAAGUUUCACCUAUUGAAUUACACUAAGUGAAAGACUAAACUUUUUUGGGACGUUAUGAUUAACGUCCCAGAGACGUCAUUGAUGUUGACGUUAUAAUUUUGGGGUUGUUUGAUGAUGCUGUGGGCUUCGCUUCAUAUUGAGUUCACUCCUCUGAGGAGUGGAAGUGGGGAAGGAGUGGUUUGAGGAAGAGCAGAGUCUACAUUUUGCUGUGAGGU